GUGGACGAUGUGCCCAGGAAGCGCAGCCCCUCUGUCGGUUACGUCGUUCCAUAUCGAACACCAGCGAUAGGAUCAUCCCAGGUGGCCGCUGCUGAAUCUCACCCCCGACCAUCUGCUCAAGGCUGGUGCCGAGUCUUCCCUUUCCAACAGUACGUGGAAAAGGUAUCCGCCGCUUUCCGACGGUCAGAAAACUGCAGGAGCAGAGCCGCUCAAGAUGGCGUUGCCAAAGAGAAUCAUAAAGGAGACAGAGCGCUUGAUGGCAGAGCCAGUCCCUGGCAUCAAUGCUGUACCCCAUGAAGACAACCUCCGUUACUUCGACGUCUCCAUCCACGGACCGGCGCAGUCGCCGUACGAAGGUGGCAUCUUUCGCCUCGAACUGUUCUUGCCUGAAGAUUACCCGAUGACUCCGCCUAAGAUUCGCUUUCUGACCAAGAUCUACCAUCCCAACAUUGACCGCCUGGGGCGGAUUUGCUUGGAUGUUUUGAAGAACAACUGGUCCCCUGCCCUGCAAAUCCGUACGAUCCUGCUCUCAAUCCAGGCUUUGCUGGGAGCCCCGAACCCGGAUGACCCGCUUGCAAAUGACGUUGCUCAACGUUGGAAGGAGGACGAGCCAACAGCCAUACAGACAGCUAAGGAGUGGACUAGAACCCAUGCCAUGACCUAGAUAAGACAGGCAUAAGAACUGCUUUAACCUGCAAAAAACUGUAAGAGCGGCAAUGUUGCGAUGUGACCAUGAGCAAAAGUACUGCGUUCUGCCUCCCUGGCAGCUCUCUAGGAUAGGUCUGAAUUCCCCCGGACCUUCCCAUAUGACGGAACAGGCAUUAUCUUUUCAUCAGCCACGGUUCGUUUCCCCAGCAAUGCCCAUGUAUGGCGAAAGGGCUAUGGCUCAUUCCAAAUUGUGUGGUAUAGGCAUAUGCUUGCUUUCUUCAGGCUAAGAUCUAGUUAUUCCGAUUUUAGAGUGUUAUGCUUCGAUAGAAUCGCAAUAUACCUGUAGUAGAUAGUUCUUCUCCGUG